AUGACUCAACUUAUAUGCCCCGGCUUAAAUGAGGUUUGGGAAGACAUCAAGGAUUUCCUAUAUGAUGAGAAUUUCCAAUUAGGAGAUGGUGUCACAGCACCUGUUGGCGCUUAUUCACCUCUAGAGACUCCAUCAGUUUCUGGGAUGACAUCAUCCUUAAUGAGUGUACCAUCAUCUUCAACGAACUGCCGUUCAGUACCUCUACCAUCCUCAAGUCUUAGCCAUCUAGCUGCCCCUCCAAUUGCCCUCGGCUUACCUCCGCCAGCAUUGCCACCUAUUCCAGUACCUACCUAUACACCUUGUGUUUAUUCUUGCUCAGCAACGACUUCAAUAUAUGAUGUUAAAGAGGAGUCGCCCCCCAGUAGUCCUGAAGUUAGCUUUUACUAUGGCUCUACAACAAUUAACUCGAAUAGUGGAUCUCCCUUAGCCCAAUCAUUGCCUGAAUUACAACAACCACAUCCGACACAUCCACCCCAAAAUCAGCAUAUUCAGCUUAGAAACAGGAAAUGUAGCAGUACUGAAUCAUCGACGGAAUCAGAAGGAGAGCGACCUCGAAAAAAUAAGAAAGUGAAAGAGCCGACAAGUCGGAGAUUAGCAGUGCACGCCUGUCCUUACAAUGGAUGUGGAAAAAAGUAUUCGAAGAGCUCACAUUUAAAAGCCCAUGUUCGAACACAUAGCGGAGAGAAGCCAUACUGUUGUCCAUGGCAGGGUUGCGAAUGGAAGUUUGCUCGAAGUGACGAAUUGACGAGACACAAAAGGAAACAUACCGGCGAUAGACCUUUCCAAUGCAGCUUAUGUGAUAGAGCAUUCUCUAGAUCUGAUCAUUUAAGCUUACACAUGAAAAGACACAACGUUGCUUAA